AUGAAAAGAAUCGUUUCGUUGAUUCUCACUUUCACGAUUGCCUCUGAGGUGCUCUCUAUUCAAUGCUGGUACGAUAGGAAUAAUGCCGAGAGUCUAUCGGAUGAAGCAGAACAAGUUGAUUGUGCUUGCGGUGAUCACUGUUUGUUCACUGGUGACAAUUUGACUCCAAGAUCAAUACGAAUUUGUGGUUGUGUGAUUACAGAAAGUGGAGAAGAGCAUUUAUGUCAACACGAUGAGCAAAGUAUCCACGAAGCUGGCUAUUUCAAGUGUUGUCAAGGUGAUCUCUGCAACACAAACUUG